AACAUCACUUCAACUGCACCCAGGCUUGUUGAUAGCUCAUUUUGGCAUCAUGGCAGAGCUCAGUUUCAACGUGAAUCAUGGUUAUCUGGAGGGUCUGGUUCGCGGAAUGAAGGCCGGAAUCCUGACUCGCACCGACUAUCACAAUCUGGCCCAGUGUGACACACUUGAAGACAUGAAGCUGCAUCUGCAGACCACAGACUACGGUAAGAUGUUGUCUUCGUCUGAAGAGGACCUGACUGUGUCUAUGGUGGAUAGCAAGCUGAGGGAGAACCUGCUGACUGAAUUCAGCUGCCUUCGCUCCAACGCCCUGCCUCCACUAUCUACCUUCCUUGACUACAUAACCUACAGCUACAUGAUUGACAAUGUGGUGAUGCUGAUCACUGGUGCCCUGAAACAGAGAGAUGUGGCAGAGCUCCUCCCGCGGUGUCACCCACUGGGAGCCUUUGACCAAAUGGCAGCAGUGGGCAUCGCUCGUACCCCAACUGAGCUCUACUCAGCCAUACUGGUGGACACACCACUAGCUCAGUUUUUCCAGGAUGCUGUGUCUGAGAGCAACCUGGAUGAAAUGGAAGCGGAGAUCCUCAGAAGCAAACUGUUUAAGGCAUAUUUAGAGUCUUUCCACUCUUUCUGCAAGACCAUUGGUGGUGACACAAAAGAUAUCAUGUGUCCUGUCCUCGAGUUUGAAGCAGAUAGACGGGCCUUCAUCAUUACAGUGAACUCCUUCGGGACAGAUCUCAGCUGUACAGACAGGAGUGCAUUGUAUCCAUCUUGUGGCAAACUUUACCCUGAAGGGCUGUGCCUGCUGGCCAGGGCAGAGGACCACGAGCAGGUCAAAGCAGUGGCAAACUGUUACCCAGCAUAUAAAAUCAUUUUUGAUGACCCUGAGCCAGGAUCAGGUUUUAAGACUCUGGAAGACAGAUUCUUUGAACAAGAGGUGAAGCUGAACACACUUGCUUUCCUGCAGCAAUUCCACUUCGGAGUAUUUUACUCCUACAUCAAACUGAAGGAGCAGGAGAGUCGCAACAUUGUCUGGAUCGCUGAGUGUGUCACACAGAGACAGAAGUCCAAGAUACACAACUACAUACCCAUCUUCCAACUUAACUGAGCAAUAAAGACAAAUACAUACCUAUA